UGUUUUCCGAAAAUAAUUCCUGCCUUUCCAUCAAUUUCUCAUUGGGAGGCGCUCCGGUGAGGACAGUAGUCGCUAGUCGCUUCAAUUCUAUUCUUGUGGUGCUGUCUGGUCCGCAUUAGCGGCACCAUAGGCAUAGGUAUGGCGGAGGGAAGAGGUGGCGAAGUGCAGGUGUUCGAUAUCGCCUCUUGUCCAGUUGAGAGUGUGGUGGUAUUCUUGGAUCGUGCAGAGGUAUGCCGCACCAUUGAUACCAAGGUGAAGGCUGGAGAGAAUGAAGUCGUCCUCCGGAACGUGUCUUCUGCAGCAGAUGGUGACUCAAUCCGAGUGGAGGGUCAAGGUGUGGCCACAAUCUCGGAAGUUUCGUUCCAGAAGAAACACGUCACCGUCGAUGAGGUUGUAGAAAAGAAUCUUCCGGCCACCGAAGGCAGCCAGCAGGAAGAAGCAAAGCUCAAAGCCGAGCUAAAGCAAGCAGAGGAACGCCUUGGGGUGCUCAAAGGGGAGCUGAAUCGCUUGAUGACUCAGCAGUCUGUGCUGGAUAGCUUUGGUGACCAACUGAUUCAGCAAGCCGGGCAGGAGGGAGUGAUCUCACUCGGAGAAUCGGAGACACUUCAGGGACUCAGCCGCUAUCUAGAGCUGUACGAGAAGCGCACGGAAGAGGUGGACGACAGGAAGCUCGAUCUGGAGGCUGAAAUACGGAUUGUCGAGUCGAAGAUCAGCACAUUGCAAACAAACCUGAGAGAGCGAUUUGAUAAAGGACAGAAGAAAAGUACUUCACUUACCAAAAUGGAAAGGCAAAUCUCUAUUCUGCUGGAUGCUGAGAAGGAAGGCGAUGUGCACCUGAUUGUUUACUAUGUGGUUCUGCACGCCAGCUGGUCACCAAAGUACGAUGUGAGAACAUUCGUCAAGGACGGCCGUAUGCAGGUGCACUAUUUUGGUGUGAUCAAACAGUCGACGGACGAGGACUGGAAAGAUGCACGCAUUUCCCUAUCCACUGCAGUUCCUAGUGUAGGUGGAACACCACCUACGAUCACGGCAAGCACACUCUCCUUCCCACGCUAUGGCAGAUUCAAUUACAAUGCGAAGAAUUCUAAGUCGAGGGGAAUGGGGUCUUUCCGCAAGAAGAAACGUCCCCGCGCAGUGGCACAGUUUGCAGGAGGAGGAGCACCUGGAGAGGCUCAGUUUGGGCAGUAUGGUAUGGAUUCCUGCAGCGAAUCGGAAGGAGAGAUGACUCGGCCGUCGGCAGAGGUGCAAAGUGGAGCAUUCACAACCACGUUUGACAUUGAAAAGACGGCCACCAUUCCUGCUGACAACACCGGACACAAAGUGCAAGUUGCUAUUUUGGAGUUCAAGCCUAGCUUCUCCUAUGAGUCUGUUCCCAAGGUGUCGGCGCGUGCUUUCCUCAAGGCAAACGUCAAGAAUGAUUCACCAUACGCACUGCUGGCGGGUCCAUCCAAUAUCUUCCUAGAAGGAAACUUUGUCGCAAAGUCAAGUCUUCCUGCCAUUAGUCCGCUGGAGCAGUUUGAGUGCUCCCUUGGUGUCGACCCCUCGGUGCGUAUCACCUACAAACCCGUGCAGCGCUUCCGCGAGCAGAGUGGCUUGAUGUCAAAGACGACUAAGUUCAAGUAUAGCCAAGUCAUUCAGAUCAAGAACACACAGCAGGAACCGGUCACCAUCAAGGUGAUCGACCAGCUGCCUCUCAGCACGGAAGAAAAGAUCAAGGUGCUGCUGAUUGCACCAGAGCUGCGCAAGCCAGAGCGCGGAAAGCAGCUACCACCCGAUGCCUAUCCUCGCAUGAACCAGUCCAACAACAUUGAAUGGCAGGUUCGGAUAGCGGGCGGAAAGGGCGAGGAGCUGCAGCUUCGCUACACCGUGGAGUUCCCCAGCGAGAGCCGGAUCGAUGGCCUGUAGCUGAUGCACUGCACUACCUACUUGCAUUCUUGAUUGUUGUGACUGCGGUGGCAACUCGUACCACAGGAAGGUGACGGCGUGCUCCCUGGGUUUGCAUGCUGCUACAUCAGCCGCGCCGUACCGGACAAACACACCAUCAUACUGCCUUGUUUUCUAUGUAACACGCAUAUGCCACGAUCGUGUUAUCCCUAUUUUACUUGUGUUACAAAAGUUACAGAACUGAAUUGGACAAUUGAAUGUGUUAUGUGCUGGACUGUAAAGCGCAGUGACUCUAGAAAUUUACACGAUGAAUGUACGCUUUACUUUGCUCUUUUGGAGUACGAGAAAAAUAUACAAGAGUUUACUUUCCUAUCUCCGUAAUCCGUUGAAUUACUAGUAUCAUUACGACUCACUUCUGACAAUGUUAUAGGGGUGUGUUUGCUUUAUCAAUCUGUGUUGUGUACCAUUAAAAUACAUCCUGGAUUGCACCCUGAGAAUGUCUUCUUUCUGGAAGAUCCUUCUUCCCAACAUCA